AUGGUUGGGAAAGGCUAUUUGGCGGUUGUGUUUAUCAUUUUGGUGGUGGGAUGUGUGGAGGCUAGGAAAUUGGGGCAAAAUGCUGAAGCCGAGCGUGAUUGUGCUGGAAAAGGUGGUGGUGUCGGAGGUGGAGGUGGAAUUAGUAGUGGAGUUAAGGGAGGCGUUGGCGUUGGCGUUGGUGUUGGUGUUGGUGGCGGAGUCGGAGCCGGAGGUGGAGGUGGAGGUAAAGGUGGAGGCGGAGGUGCUGGUGGUGGUGUAGGAGGUGGGGGUGGUAUACGUGGGGAUGUAGAGGGUGGGGUUGGUGGUGGUGUGAAAGGUGGAAUAGGAGGGGCCAAUUCAAGCAGUGGCCAUAGUGGUGAAAAAAACCACAAGGAGGAAAAGAAUCAACAAGGGGGAAGUGGAGCUCAUGUAGGAUCCGAGAAGGGAGGUGGAGUUAGUGGCGGAAAUAGCAACGGAUCAGGUAGUACUGUAGGUGGAGGUGGUGGUUCUGGUGGAAAAGGAAGUGGAGGUGGUGGCACUAGUGGAAAAGAAGGCGAAAGCGGAGGUAGUUCCGGUGGAAAAGGAAACGGAGGUAGUGGUUCUAGUGGAAAAGAAAACAAAGGUAGUAAUUCUAGUGGAAAAGAAAGCGGAGGUAGUUCUGAUGGAAAAGAAAAUAAAAGUAAUUCUGGUAGAAAAGAAGGCGGAGGUAGUUCUGUUGGAAAAGGAAGCGGAGGUAGUGAUUCUGGUGGAAAAGAAGGCGGAGGUAGUUCUAAUGGAAAGGGAAGCGGUGGUAGUGGUUCUGGUGAAAAAGUAGGCGGAGGUAGUUCUGGUGAAAAAGGAAGCGGAGGUAGUGGUUCCGAUGGAAAAGAAGGCAAGGGUAGUUCUAGUGAAAAAGGAAGCGGAGGUAGCGGUUCCGGUGGAAAAGAAGGCAAGGGUAGUUCUAGUGAAAAAGGAAGCGGAGGUAGUGGUUCCGGUGGAAAAGAAAGCAAGGGUAGUUCUAGUGAAAAAGGAAGCGGAGGUAGCGGUUCCGGUGGAAAAGAAGGCAAGGAUAGUUCUAGUGAAAAAGGAAGCGGAGGUAGCGGUUCCGGUGGAAAAGAAAGCAAGGGUAGUUCUAGUGAAAAAGGAGGCGGAGGUAGUGGAUCGGAUGGGGGAAUAAGCAAAGGAAAUGGUGGAAGUGGAGACAAAGACGGGGGAAAAGGAGGAGGUGGUGGUGGAAUUGGGAUAGGUGGAGGAAUAGGCAAAGGAAUUAGUGGUGGUGGAGAUCUAGGUGGGAGAAGAGGAGGAGGUGGCAUUGGUGGUGGAGUUGGGGCUGGCAUAAGAGGUGGUAUUGGGGCAGGAGUCGGUGGUGGUGCCGGUGGAGACGGAGGUGGGGAGAAAGGAAGAGACAAUGUUGGUGGUGGAGCUGGGGCUGGCGUAGGUGUUGGGGCUGGAAUUGGUGUUGGUGCUGGUGUCGGUGCCGGUGGCAAAGGAAUUGGUAGAGGUGAAGACGUAAGUUCAGGAAAAGGAGAAGGUGGUGUUGGUGGUGGAGCUAGGGCUGGCUUAGGUGGUGGUAUUGGGGGUGGAAUCGGUGUUGGUGCAGGAAUCGGUGGAAAUGGAGACGUAGGUGGGGGAAAAACAGGAGGUGGCGUUGGUAGUGGAGCUAGGGCUGGCGUAGGUGGAGGUAUUGGGGCUGGAAUUGGUGCUGGUGUUGGUGCAGGUGGAGGAAUCAAUGGAGGUGGAGACGCAGGUGGGGCAAAUGGAGGGGGUGGCGUUGGCGGUAGAGCUGGGGUUGGCGUAGGAAUUGGUGCUGGAAUUGGUGCUGGUGCUAAUGGAGGUCUAGGCAAAGGAAUCGAUGGAAGUGGAGGCAUAGGUGGGGGAAAAGGAGGAGGUGAUGUUGGUAGUGGAGCUAGGGCUGGCUUAGGUGGUGGUAUUGGUGCAGGAAUCGGUGCCGGUGCAGGAGUCGGUGGAAAUGGAAAUGUAGGUGGGGGAAAAGGAGGUGGUGAUGCUGGCGGUGGAGCUAGAGCUGGCUUAGGUGGUGGUAUUGGUGCAGGAAUCGGUGCCCGUGCAGGAGCAGGAAUAGGUGGAAAUGGAGACGUAGGUGGGGGGAAAACAGGAGGCGGCGUUGGCAGUGGAGCAGGGGCUGGCGUAGGUGGUGGUAUCGGGGCUGGAAUUGGUGCUGGUGUUGGUGCUGGUGCAGGUGGAGGAAUCAACGGAGGUGGAGAUGCAGGUGGGGCAAAAGGAGGAGGUGGCCUUGGUGGUAGAGCUGGGGCUGGCGUAGGAAUUGGUGCUAGAAUUGGUGCUGGUGCUGGUGCUGGUGCUAAUGGAGGUCUAGGCAAAGGAAUCAAUGGAAUUGGAGACAUAGGUGGGGGAAGAGGAGGUGGUGAUGUUGGUGGUGGAGCUAGGGCUGGCUUAGGUGGUGGUAUUAUGGGUGGAAUCGGUGUUGGUGCUGGUGGAGGAAUCGGUGGAGAUGGAGACAUAGGCGGGGGGAAAGGAGGAGGCGGUGUUGGUGGUGGAGCUAGGGCCGGCAUAGGAGCUGGAGUUGGGGCCGGAAUUGGUGCUGGCGCUGGUGGACUUGGGGGAAUAUGACCAGCUGAAAGUUCCCAUUUUGUAGUUUAUUUCCUUCUGCAGUAAUCUGCAACUUUUUUUUUUUUUUUUUAGCUAUUGAAGUUAUUUGCAACCCUUGAUUUGCAUCAAAGAUUGCAGUUGUAUUUAUGAUGUAAUGUUCUACCACUAAUAAAACUUUCUUGUGAAA